AUUGCAAUAAUGAUAUAACGUGCAUUGUUGUAGUAUUGUUGUUGACACACACACUCAGACAGAGGAGACACAAACCGGCUGCUGAUAUCAUGAAAACGUUGUUGUUAGUUCUGUCGGUGGUCGGGGUUUGUCUUGCGAGACCGCAGGGUGGUAAGGAUGCUACUAUUGUGCGAUACGAGAGCGAGAAUGGUGGUGCCAUUGAUGGUUACAAAUUUGGGUUCGAGACGAGCGAUGGUACCAAGCGUGAUGAGGAGGGCACUCUUAAGGAUCUGGGCGGAACCGAAGGACCGGCCAUUGUGAUCAAAGGAUCCUUCACUUGGACUGACCCCGAAUCUGGGCAGACUUUCACCAUCAAUUUCGUAGCCGACGAAAAUGGAUACCAACCGGAGGGCGCACAUUUGCCUAAAUAACUGAAGCACUCUUCUGCAGCCAAGUUUUUUUCUUUACUUUAAUUGUAAUUAUACGAACGCCACCGUUUGCUCAUUUGUUCAUAUGUUUUUUUUUGUGUUUUUAUAUUUU